UCGUAAAGCAGAGCGAAGUUGCUGGAGGUUAUCGUGCUGGAGGUUCUGGCUCAUUCGUGAAGCAGAGCGAAGUAGCUGGAGGUUAUCCUGAUGCUAAGUGCCAGCACGUGGCUGUGAGCCAGUGACACGGUAUAACGCCACGUACCCCACGGUUCCCACGUGUACGUCCAUGCAUAGCAGUUGCCGCUUAACGUGCCCACACUUAUUAAGGUCCCUCUCGUCCUUCACGGAUGGCACAUCAGCACUUAAGCAGCGGCAAACAAGCAGACACGAGAAAAGCUUCGUCGUUGAGGUAGGCAGCUAGGCACCAACAAGAAGCACCGUCAGUCAUGUGGCCGGAGAUGAAGGCGUGGGCCUCCAUGGCCGACAACGACCCGCUGAAGCGUGGCUCAUCGUCCAGCCCGCUGCGCCGCAUGAGCCCUACGACGAUGGCCAUGGGCGGCCUCCUCGUCGUCGGCACCCUUGGCUACUUCAUGCUCAGCAAGGACGACAGGCGCAAGGCUGCGGAUGACAGGCACAACGAGCGCCUGGCUCACCGUCCUUGAAAAGCCGUCGUCCUGCUCACCACCGUUGAGAAGCAGCAGGCAUCGAUGGAGGCGGACGCCGAUCAGCUUAGCUGCUUAGUAGUAGUACAAGUAGAAACCACCAUGUAAUAAUAAAACCCCAUCCCCCGACUGGUUCUGGGUGCGGCGUAUAAAUCUCUUGUUGCUCUGUUUCUGUAGUACGUUUAUCAGUGAAAUAUGCAGAGAUUUUGCUGAGAA